AUGGAGAAAAGUGACGAGGAGGGGUUGAAUUUCAAUAAUCAAAUCCACAACACUACCACCAAUGAAAAAGAUAUAAGUGAACGCGUGGCAUCUCCACCUUCGCCGAGUGCUGAAGACUCUAGUCACGAAGAUACCAACUCAUCAAAACAGGUUGAAGAUAUACGCACUGAUAUUGGGAGACAAAGAGAAACAAUUGCAUUUCUUCUGGAAAACAGCAAGCGGAAUGAAAAAGAGGGCAAUAAGGUCUACAUAAUACCGAAAUUCUGGUAUGAUAAUUUUUUCAACAACGAUAUAGAUGAGCCCUCAAUGCUAGGCCCAAUUGACACUCAGUUGAUUGUCAAGGACCAUGAAAACUUUAUCUUGAAUAGUUAUGAUUCAUGCCCAUAUAUUUCCAUUCCAGAGGAGAUAUUCAAUAGCUUUGUUGAAUGGUAUGGACUGUCAGAGGGAUCGCAACCAGUCUCGACUGUGUUGGUUACAGAUUCAACGAAUGGUACACUGAUAACGGAAUACAAUAAACCUUGUUUCAAAUUACAGUACUUGAUCAAUCCAGAUCAGAAGUCUAGAGUAUUCGAUAACCAUCAUCCCGGUCCACUUUAUACUUGUGUCUCGGCCUCAAAACUAUCCUCAAUAGGUGAUGCACUGGAGCAAGCUUUAGGUAACUUUUUCAAAAUUGAAACACAUCUAACUGUUGAUAACAGCAAAGUCAACGUCUGGCUGGUAAAGAAUUUAUCAGAGGAAGAAAUAACACUAUCUGAGCCGUAUCUGAUAAACCCUAUGCAGUUUUUAUUUUAUCCAGAAAAAAUCAAAGUUACUGAUGAUAUACUUUCAAAGUCGUUAAGAGAAUUGGACAUUUUGAAUGGUAUUUUUAUUAUAGAAACAAAGCGCCGUUCACGGAAAACAAAACAGCAUUGGGCGUCAAACUAUUUCCAUUAUAAUAAACUUAACAGGUCAACGGGCACCAUAGGUUUGUCAAACCUUGGUAAUACAUGUUAUAUGAAUUCUGGUUUGCAAUGUCUGGUGCAUAUUCCUCAGAUCAGGGACUAUUUUGUUUAUAACGGGUUUGAAAAAGAAAUCAACGUAAAUAACCCUUUGGGAUUUCAGGGCCAUAUGGCUCGUUCGUUCCAUGGGUUGAUUCAGAGUUUAUUUGGAGACAGUAUAGCCCCUUUUCCGUCGUACGUGUCUCCAACGCACUUUAAGUCCACCCUUGUCCACUUUAACUCGAUGUUUUCAGGCUUCCAGCAACAAGACUCUCAGGAAUUUUUGGCUUUCCUUUUGGAUAGUUUGCAUGAAGAUCUAAAUAGAAUUGUGGAAAAACCCUAUGUGGAAAAACCGUCAUUGAAACCAGGUGACGAUAUAAAUGAUUUUGAUACCAUUAAGAAGUUAGCGAAUGAAACGUGGAAAUCUCAUUUAAUGAGGAAUGACUCCAUAAUCACAGAUAUUUUUGUUGGGAUGUAUAAAUCCACGCUAGAAUGUCCCGAAUGUUCCAAUGUUUCAAUUACAUUUGAUCCUUAUAACGAUUUGACUUUACCGCUCCCAAUAAAUUCCUCCUGGAAUGCCCAGGUUAGAAUCUUCCCAUCAAAAUUGCCUCCGUGCAUGAUAGAGGUGGAGUUGCCCAAAGCUUCUACAUAUCAAGACUUGAAAGAGUACGUUGCCAAAUGUUUGGGUAUGAAUGCCCAAAAUUUGUAUGGCUGCGAGGUGUUCAACCAUCAAUUUUACAAUAACUUUGAGUCUCCUGACUCAACUGCUCAAUAUCUGCCAAUUUACGAAUUGAUAUCUGAAUCCGACAUUGUCGUAUUUUAUGAACUGGUUUCAGAACCGGGAGAUUUGAUUAUUCCUGUGCUUAAUGCGAUAUCAAAUAAAGAAUCUAAUAAUGACAGUCUUUUUGGUGUUCCAUUCUUUAUAACAAUAAAAGCGGCAGAUGUAAAUAAUAUUACUUUGCUCAGGCACAAAUUGGAAAAGGAAUAUAUUAAUCUCAGUGGUGGAUACGUUUCACCUAAAUCCACUGAAAACAACGAGAUAAAGGAUAUUGCAGCUUUCCCGCUGUUGCAAGAGAAGUAUCCAGAUGUUGACUUUAAGGAAUAUACAGAUAUUUUACAAUAUGCCACCCAAUAUGAUGACAGUACGAAUCUCCCUGAAAAGCCUUUGUUUGAAAUUAGAAUUAUAGAGACAGAAAGGAGCACUUCGUACAUGAAAGAAAACGUUUCGGGAGAGCCAAUAGAAUUGUGGACGCCAAGGGCCCACUUAAAUUUGGCCUUGGCUCAAGAUAUUACCGAUAAGGUAGAUGCUGUAGUCAAUGAUAUCUUCAACUACUCCAACAUGCUAAUUACAAAACAACAGGAAAAGGGGACGGUGCCAAAUAAUAGCUUGGAACCAAUGGAUAUUGAUAGUUGUUCUGUUUUAGAAAACUGUAGCGACAAGUCAGAGAGCUUUACAAACCUAGGAUCUAUCACAGAAGAAGCUUGUAAUGAAUUUUUAAACGAAAAAACAGAAAGUGGUGCCUUAUCAGACACUACAGUGAUUACGCCACAGAGUCUGUUGGUAUGUUAUUGGUCGAAGGAAGUAGCAGAUGAAGUGUUUUCGCAUGAUAAUGUGGUCAAUUGGGAGAAUCCCGGAAAAAUUUCAAAUAAAGAACUUGAAUCAAUUAAACUAGCAGAAUCAGCUCACGUGGAACAAGAAACAACGCUGAAAGAUUGUUUGAACCUCUUUUCAAAAAAGGAAGUUUUAGGAAUGAGCGACUCUUGGUAUUGCCCAAAUUGUAAGGAACAUAGACAAGCUACUAAAAAGAUUGAACUUUGGAACACACCAGACGUUUUUCUGAUUCAUCUUAAGAGAUUCGAAAAUACCCGAUCAUUUAGUGAUAAGAUUGAUGCAACAAUUCUCUUCCCCAUUGAAGAUCUCGAUAUGAGCGAAUACUUGGUGUACAAAGAUGAUCCACGGGGUAGUGUCUAUGACUUGAUAGCUGUUGACAACCAUUACGGUGGUAUGGGCGGUGGUCACUAUACUGCUUAUGUGAAGAAUUUGACUGACCAAAAUUGGUAUUAUUUUGAUGACUCUAGAGUCUCGAAGACGUCUCCUGAAAAAAGCAUUGCCGGUUCGGCCUAUCUACUGUUUUAUUUGCGUCGUGGAAGCUUAAAUAAUAUUGACAGUAAACGGCUAAAAGAUAUUAUAGAUACUUCAAGAAGUGAGCAUGAGAUCCAGAUACAAACGUUGUAUACUAAACAGGAGGAGCUUUACGAAGUGAACGAAAGCAGCGGUGCUUCCGAAGAUGAACAAGAAGAUGAAGAGAACUCAGAUACAGCUAAGGAAGACGAUGGAAACUCCGACAGCGGAAGUGACGACAAUCCUGUUAGUAGUACUGGAACUGAGAGCAUGGAUGGUUUUUCUCAAGAUGAGGUCAGUGUCCCGGUUGAAAACGAAGAAAAUAUUGCAAAAACAAACACAGAGGAUAGGAGUGAUACAAAUUACUACACAGAAAGCCUCGAUGUAGGGCAAACUGAUCCGGGGAAUGCCUCCGUUAAUAGUAGUGACAACGUAGAAAAACGGAAGAAACGAUUGUUAAACAAAGUUUAUUCUGAUAAACUCUUGAAUUCAUCAUCAGAAUCCUUGGAACGCUCGGAAAACGGAGACACUGAAAGCGUUGCUUCAAUUAGGUCGGGUGGAGAGCGUGUUCCUGUUUUAGACUCCUUGUAUGCUUGA